CCAGGAAUCGCGCGGCGCAAGUGAGCGUAGAGAGCCAAGGCUCGCGAUCCAACUGUCGCCGCCGCUGGCGCCGCUGCUGCAGCGCGCGCGAGCGUCAAGACCAACAUCAACGCGCGCGCACUUGGGAUCCAGUCGGCGCGCUUGACAGACCUCUGGAUCCAACAUCAUGCUGGCGUGGACGGUGCUAUUGCUAGCGGCCGGUUUGCUGGUUGACGCGGCGAAACCCGACCCUCCGGACAUCAUCACGACUGUGGGCUCGCAGAAACUGGCCACGGCAUCCGACUGCUCGAAGCCCGUCGCCUUCUCCGGCACUCAUGCCAACAUCGAGAAUGCUCGCCUCAUACUGACGGAGACGCUGCUGGACAAGGGCGUCGGCUACGCCUCCAACACGGGCAUCUUCACGACCUUCUGCCCGGGCCUGUACCAGUUCAGCUUCGCGGGCUACGGCAGCAGCGACCUGCGGCUCACCCUCAAGCGCAAGCUCAGCAAGACCGAGACUUGGCAGCCGGUCGUCAGCUCGGGCCCAUCCGGCGGCGCUAACAUCGUGCUGCUCCGCAUGGCUCUCGGUGAUCAGGUGGCCGUCUUCGUCGACUCUGGGAAAACCGACGACAGCACCACCUUCAGCGGUUACCGCAUCGCUAAGGAGUAGAGGAGGACGCAUUAGUUUUCUAUUUCUCUGGCUUUUGGAACAUCGCGGAUUGACACUGACUUUCACGGUUUCGAGAAGAAGAGGAAGGAAAAUCGCCGCUCCGCGUACGCCUAUAUUAUACACUGUGAUAGCUCGACUUCGUCUUUCCGACUGCGUCGCUGUCGUUGAGUCCGGUGGAGUUGAAUUUUUUGUCGUACCUAUGUAUAGAUUUUUUUAUCUUAUUACUGCGUGAAUUUUAUUUUUAUGUUGAAAAAUCGUUGUCGUAUUCGACGCGAGGGGGUGACUCAGUGAUAGCGACGCGAACGACUUUAUUUUCAAACUCCGGUCACUAUACCUAUACUUUAACUUUCUUCUCUGUUGUACAUAAACGACUUUCUCGCUUUUCCGUCUCUUCUAUUGUUCUCUUCUCUUAUUCUCGAACUCUACUUUCCUUUCCGACUGCUUUCACUUUCUUCUCAUUCUCCCCCUCAAUUUCUGUCUCUGAACUUUACAACUACUACUUUCCACUUAUGUCUUCGUUCUAUCGCCAAUCGUACUUCUCCGUUCCGAGACUCUACCUACCAGUAUUACAAUUUCUACUUUCAAUGGACGCCAAAUCUUGCCAAUCCACUGUUUACUUUUACGUCUGCCUGCUCAUACCCGGUCUCUUCAUUUUCAGUUUUCUGCUCGCUCUGUCUGCCUACUUUUUUCAGCCUGUUUACUCUUUACUCUGUUUUUCAUACUUUUUACUAUCGUCUAUGCUAGAAAUCUUUCUCUAUCUUAUGCUAUUUUCUUUCUUCUUCUUCGCCUUUUGAAUUUACUUCUCAAUCUGUUUCUCACUCUUGAUUUUACUUUUUGUAAGAUACUUUCCUUGUCUUUGAACAUUUCUCUCUAUACUUUCCCUAGAUCUCAGAAUUUUUCUUUUUCUGUAUAAAUACACUUUUUCAUCGAUAUUUCUUGCUGUUCUAUUAUAAGCUGUUUCUUUGUAAAUAGUUUGCUUUCGCCUAGAAAUUUAUAUCUAUAGUGCGAUGUCUUUAUUUUACGUUUUUCUCUAUAAACUACUCUGUGUGUUUUAAUUGUUCUAUCUUUAUUACUUUAUCUCGUGACUCGCUAUGUUUGGAUAACUUAUUCUCUACUUUGUGUAUUAUAUUUUCUUAAAAUUGUAAAUAUCUUUUACUUCUUUACUUGUAUUUGACUAUCUUUAAUUCUUACUGUAUCUUUACGUCUUCCAAUUUCUUUACUCUUCUCCUUUUCGUAAUUGUCUUUUCUCGAUUUUGUUUGUAUUUUCUUCGAACUCUACUCUAUUCGUUUCUUAUUCUUUCUUUACUCAACACUCAUUUCUUUCAGCCUUUUAAUUUUUGCAUACUGUCUUUGUUUUUUCUCACUUGUAAAAAUCUCAUCUUUUUCCAAAUAGCCACUUUUGUUCUUCUCCAUUUUUUACUAUGCUUGUCUAGUCCAUAAUUUCGUGUGAUUACUAUAUCUGUGUUACUUUUAAACAAACUCAAUUCAAUAUCUCUUCUUGUAUCUAGAAAACCUACUACUCUCUUGCUUUCACACUAUUUCUAUAAACUUUUUCCUUCCUUUCUAUACAUUAUUUUCUCCAACUUGGAAAUUUUCUUUUACCUCUUUCUAUUCUGUACCUAAGUAUGCUAUCACAGCACAUAAAAAUGUAAAAAAAAUAUAAAUGACAAAAAAAUCGAAAACGUAUACCUAUUCGCAAAUGUUAAAUGUAUAAGAAAGGUUUCAAUGUAGUUCUUUCUCACACACAAUUGAUGUACAAAUUUAUUCGUUGUGUUGGACACAAUCUGUAUUUUGUUCGCUCACGCUCGCAAGAGACAUUUAUUGUUAUACAAACUCACUCGUUCGAUUUGACGAAAAGCGCAAAACCGUUUAUUUACAUAUUAUACAAGCGAAAAAUGUUCAAUAAAAAGCAUUGAUAAAAAAAGUA